UACUCAGGUGUCCUCCGGCAGACGAAGACACAUCUGGCUACUACCUAGAGCUCACGAACCUGCACAGUUGCAAAAUGGCUGGACCAGCAUUCCUUGCGGUUGUUAUUCUGAGUGUUCUACUCCGUGGAUCGAUACAGGCGACCAUCACCCAAUCAAUCACGACAAUCUCCGAUACUCCGUCAUCUAGUGAAGCUGUUACAACAGCCGUAGAACAAGGAACAACAUCAGCGGAAACAGCAACAACAACAGCAACAACAGCAACGACAACCGUGGAACCAGCUUCAACUACCGCGGAAGCAGCAAACUCAACCAUGGAUCAAACGACGACAACUGUUGCGACUACUACAGCCAGCGACAACGCAAUCGAAGUGUGCGAACUGGAACCGAAAGACUGCAAAACCAUGUCUUUCAACAUGACCGGGUGUUUCUGCUACUGUCCACACAAGGCCCACACAAACGCCGGAAUGUUCAUCAUGUCGGUGGGUCACGUGCAGUACGCGAUGUACUGCCCCUGGGGACUGGUCUGGUCCCAGGCCAAGUGCAUGUGUGACAACCCCCCAACCAAGCCCUCAGAACCGGAUGCUAUCAAGGACCUGCCCGUCUUCUCCAGUGGCUGCAAAACUCUCGUCAACUACGCCUACAACGCCACCAGCAAAGCCUUCGAAGACGGCAGAAACUUCGUCCGCCAAGAAAACACGAUCAACAAAAGAUUACAAGUCGUGCAAUCAGAGGGUGCAACGGUGAACAACAGCGCUGCUAACUUCAUCAACAACUCUAUCGACAUCCCAUACCUCAACGGCAACGACUUGACUGACACAGCAUUUAUCGAGGUCCGCAUCAAGCCGGUUGCUGACAACGACAACGUCACAAGGGUGAUCUUGUCCAACGGCUGCAUCAAGAACAACAGCGGUGAGACGUCGGUGAUCAUGUCGUUCAACGCCGAGGAGGGCAACUUCUAUGUCGCUGUCAGGACCGCCUACUUGUCCAAUGGUGUUUGUGAAAACAUGCAACCGGACAUCGACGGCUGGUACAAACUGACCCUGUCGGUGAAGAAUUCCAAGUCUAGAUUCCUCGUCAAUGAUCAAGAGUGUCUGACCUUAAAUGGUAGAGGAAGCAUUGCCAAGACGACUUGUAAUCUGUCUAUCGGAGGUGACCCCUUCAUGACCGACUACAGCCAAGACUUCAAUGGCUACAUCGACUAUGUAAAGGUAAUCAAACACUGUUCAAAGGAGCCGCCGAAGUAGAAGCGAAACACGUGAGGAUCACGUGCGGAUCAUUUGAUAAGAAAACCAUCACACUGACGCAUAGAUGUGAACUCCGUGAACAGCAAAUAAAUAGCGCCCUACACAUACAUUCCUCAUGUUCCUCAAUAACAUCCGUCAAAUACUUUCCUCACAACGAGAAGAAACGUAAAUUCACAUUCAGAUUGUUCUGCUUUGACGUAACGAGUUGCAUAAUACAGCUGCGAUAAUAUUUAAAAUAUGAAUAUAUAAUUAUUGCCUUAAUUUAAGUCUUUGUUCAAUUAUUUCAAUGUAAAACGCACAUUAGUGUCUGUAAUAUUUUCUGGAUUAACUGUGUCCAUCUUGUUUUUUAGUCUGAAGCUUGGGGCGGGCCCCUGUGUUAGUUUGUGUUCGUAUAGUUACGCUGUUGCUUUUAAUGAUAGAUAUAAAAUAUCGGAUCCAGAUCUGUUCUGGGUCCAAAGCGUCCUGUGAAAGGAGCAUACGACCGUUCUUUCGUGUUCUAUACUGUGCUGUUGGUCUCUUGUAUCCUUGUGAAUGUUGUUGAAUGUUGCCGAAGAUAUUGUUGGAUGUUCAUCUAUUUUUAAAUUAUUUUCUUAAUUGCUAUUUGUAUGUGAUAAUGUACAUAAAUGAAAAUAAAUUUGCUUUCUACAUGA